UUGGAAAAAAAUAUGUCAUAAAUGUCGAGUUAACUAAAAAAGUAUAUUUUACGAAAUUAAAUAAAAAUUAUCAAGUAUUAACAUUGUUUAAAAUGUAUUUUUCGGAAAAAUGGUAAACCGUAAAAAUCGUUGCACAAGCAUUUUAAACGCAUCUGGUACAUCUAGUUGCUCGGAUUAUAUCGACCACUGCUGCCAAAGAAAAUGCAAUAAUACAUGUUGCCGCGAUCAGUGUGAAUACAUAAACGAUCGCACUUAUACAACUUUAAGAAAAAUUUGUCACAAAAUCUUUAAGGAUUACAAUCGGUCUCAGUGUCGUGAAAAGUACACAAUCUUUGACGGUGGUAAUAGUAUCAACGUGAGAAUACAUCGAUCUGGUUCUCGUGGGGACGAAAAUAGAAAAGAUCAUAGAUAUGAAAAAGCUUCCAGUGAACAUCGUUACCAAUUACAAAAUAAACACAAUAAUUAUAUUGGCCAGGAUGGUAGAGGAGGAAAAUUAACUGGCGAUGAAAACAGUACAGAUCAAAAGUACGAAAAAGUAUCCAGCGAAGAUCGUUACCGAUUACAAAAUAAACACAGUAAUAUUAUUAGCCAGGAUGGUAGAGUAGGCAAAAUAAGUGGUAGGAAGCCGGGUAGAGAUGGCGAGAAAUUCGAUUCUGAUGUCGAUGUAUAUAAUCGUGACCAGACAAAGAGAGGUAAGGGUAAAAAUGCUGGGGUAGAUGUCAAUGACGAUAAUGUUUAUGACAAAAGAAACAAAAAAUUGGAAAGUACUAAACGUGGUGAAGGGAAAGAUAAUGUCUACAAUGAACAAAAUUAUAAUGAAAAAAAAUUAAAAGGGAAGCAAAAGUUCGGUCAAGGAAUUGAUACAAACAGCAACAGAAAUGGUGAACGAGAUAUUAAUGGUAAAGCGAUCGAAAAUCGAAGAAGUAAAAGUAGGAAAGACAGUGUUGAAAAUACUUACACCAAGAAGGGAGAAUCUUGGAACGAUAGUAAACGAGGCUCAAGAGAUAACAACGAAUCUGAGGUAAAUUACAAUGGAAAAGGAAAAUUGAGUAGCCGUGGUGGAAAAAAAGAUGAAAAGAAAAGUAAACCACUAAAAAAAGGUGAAACAAGUUAUAAAGACGAUGAUAUGAUUAUUAUCGGUGAAAUGACUAAAACAAAAAACAGAAAGGCGAAAAAUAAAUAUAGCGUAGAUAAAGAUGAUGCAGUUAUUAGUAGUGAUGACGAAGUCACCAAUAAAAAGAAAUACAUUAAAGGAAAAAAAUCCAAAAUUUAUGGAGACGAUAUUGAUAAUUUUGUCAUCACCGCAAAUAGCGGAAGCGAACGAAAUUCAAGUAAAUCAAAAAAUAACAGAUAUCGCAAGUCCCAAGGCUUCGAUGAUGUUGGAAAGUCAAAAGACAGAAAUUAUCAUGUUAUCAAUAAUUUACGUAAAAAAGUUCGACGAGGAGACAAUGUUGGCUUUAAUAAUGGAUCGACUUUUAGUGACACAAGAAAGCUGCAAAAACUAAUGCUUCCAAAGCCAGAAUCUCUUCAAUACAGACAAACUAAACGCUCAAGAGCUGAUGAAGUAAGAGCCUGUGAUUAUUUACGUGCACUCAUGGAACAACGUGAAUUGUGUCAAUGCCAAUUUUCUGAACAAUCCAGCCAAUUCAAUCCUAUUAUAUGCAUUCCACAAACAUGUAUGUCAAGUUGUGGUCCAAAAACAGUUAUUCCAUGCUUUUCUGAGACUUGUGAAUGUUAAAUAAAAUUUACAACUUCAAUAUUGUUAAGAUUUGAAGGUAAUAUGUAUAAAUAAAAUAAAUUAAAUAAAUUAU